UGUUAAUGACGUUGUUGUGUUGCAGAUGGCGUGGACGGCGGCGUGUAGUGGCGUGUUCUACGGUGAUUACAUGAAGUACAAGAGGGAGCCCCAGUACUUCUACACCCGCAGGAUGUUGGGGGUGGGACUGUGUGUAUCGAGGGGGUCAGCUGCGGUGUUGAAUCUCUCUUGUUGUAUGCUGGUGAUGCCCAUGUGCCGUGCCCUCACCACCGCCCUCACCUCCGCCCUGGCCACCGUCACCCACCGCAACCCUCACCGCCGCCCGCCCGCCCUCCCAGCCGCCCUUGCCGCCCCCGCCACUCACGCUGCCAAGAGCACUCAUCUGUUGGUUGCUGCGACGUUGGUGAUCAGUACAGUGGUACACACGGGUGCCCAUAUCUCCAACGCCGUUAACUUCUCACGCCACUACAGCAGCCUCUACCCUGACCUAAACGUAGCCACUUACAGAGGCGAGAGUCCAUUGUGGAUCUUCGUGACAACAGUUCCAGGUGUAACAGGGGUGUUGAUGAUAGUGGUGCUGGCUGUGUUAGUGGUCACAUCUACUCGCUGGGCCAGACGGAGGAACUACGACAUCUUCUUUUACACGCACCACCUUGGUCUGCUCUUCCUCCUACUCCUCAUUAUUCAUCCAAUCACUGGUGUUCUGAAGGAGCAGAAGAAUCUCCACGGUCACAUCCCGGGGUGUCAGGUGUAUGCAGACUCACACACUAACCAGGAAGGGUCUCCCGGGGUGGGCUCAGUGAGGGGUCAAGUAUCCCCGGACAGCAAGUUGACCAUCCCUGAGCACUUGGAGCACAACAGUCAGAAAACAGCUGUCCACUCAGAGACUACCUACCUUGAACCUGAUUCAGAUUAUGGCUUUCCUGAACCUGAUUCUGAUUAUGGCUUUCCUGAACCUGAUUCAGAUUAUGGCUUUCCUGAACAUGAUUCAGAUUAUGGCUUUCCUGAACCUGACUCGGACUAUGGCUUUCCCGAACCUGAUUCAGAUUAUGGCUUUUCUGAACCUGACUCGGACUAUGGCUUUCCUGAACCUGACUCGGACAAUGGCUUCCCCGAAUCAGAUUCAGAAUAUGGCUUCCCUGAACCUGACUCAGACUAUGGCUUCACUCAAUCAGAUUCAGACUAUGGCUUCCUAGAACAUCAUGAAAAUUAUGUUCCUCGUGAAUCUGAUUCCAGUUUUAGCCUCUCAGGACCUAAAGUUAAUCGUCAUUACUCAAUGAACAAAGAGGUCUCAGAGGCAGUAGAUGGUAGUGAAGCAGGUCAUGAGGGAGUAAAGAGAUCACUUGGCUGGAAAAAGCGAAGGAAUUGUCUAAAAGCACCAGUAUUUGGCUCUAUCACCUCUCAGACUUGGGUGUGGGUUAUGGUAGCACUGACAGUGUGGGGAGCAGACUGGGCUGUGAGGUGUUGGCGGCGGCGUGAGAGCGUGGAGGUGGUGGGCGUGACGUACCACCCCUGUGAUGUGGUGCAGCUCACCCUCAGACAGUGUGGCUUCUCCUGCACUCCUGGCCAGUAUGUACUGGUGCAGUGCCCGACAGUGUCAAGGUUUGAGUGGCAUCCAUUCACUGUGACCUCCCCACCAAUCCAGCACUCGCCUGAUACAUUUACUAUCUUUAUGCGGGUUAGAGGGGACUGGAGUGGCCGUGUGGCAGCUCUCCUACGCUCUGACGGAGAGUCGAGUCCUCUGUCACAAGCUGUUCACUGGCCAGUCAAUGACUCAUUAUGCCCUGAAUCAACAAUACACUCUAGUCAAGGAACGCUAUCUAGUCCACUUAUACAAUCUAGUCCACUAUCAUACUACCACUCCACCUCACGUGCUUCCAUCGCUCCCCACCGUCAUCUCUGUACAAAUCCAGUGUUUGUUCAUCCCUCUCAGUGUGCACCCACAUACUCAAGCAUGCCUACUGUAGAGGAAUUCAAAGCUUGUUCAUUUUCAUCCAUUGAUUGUAACAUUAAAAGAAAUAAUUAUUUAGAAAGAAAAUCUAUAUCAACUACAUCAACUUCAGAGUCUAAUGGUCACUCUGACUAUAACAAAGUGAACUUAAGUUCCUCUAACUCACAUUUACCUCUUCUGAGAACUAGUCAACAUUCACUAAUGGUGCAGUCAAGGAGGCUACAUCCAUACUCAAAAAACUCCCAUCUUCAGCAUAAUAGAUAUUCUAAAUAUUUAAAAUCACAUCCUCAUUGUUUAAGUUUAGAUGUACAUUCUGAACCAUCAACACAUCAUGCAUUAAACACACACUUAAGUAAUUCACAACCUGUCACUCACACAAGUUCAUUUAUAAACACAAACUCUGACUCGGGCACAAAAGGGUCAUUUCAAAGUGAAUGUCAAGGUUCAGCUGCGGACAAAACACACCAUAUCAUCCAAGUGACGACACCAUCAUACGUAAGGCUGCGUGUAGAUGGACCCUUCAGUUCCCCGAGUGAAGACAUGUUACGGUAUCCUGUGGUGGUGGGAGCUGCUGGUGGUGUGGGCAUUACCCCUCUAGCUGCCACCCUCUCUCACAUCUUGUGGUGUGAGUCCCUGUUGCCUGAGCGAGUGCAUGUAAUUUGGGUUGUGAGAGACGCCCGACUCUUGCUAGCCCUGGCUCCCUUACUCUCUAGUCUUCUCCUCCGCUGCUGGGAUGCCCACACAGAGGACCGCCUUGAACUUCGCCUCCAUGUUACCACUCCCACGUCCUCAGAGUUUUUAAAAGAACUGUUUGCUGAGGAACACCCAGGCUUGCUACCCCGGAUCACCCAAGGUCGGCCAGUUUGGAAGCAUCUGUUCCGAGAGUGGCAGCAGGCCUAUGUAGGGAACAAGGUUGGAGUGUUUGCAUGUGGACCAGCAAGAAUGUGUCGCCAAGUGAAGAAGCAUUGCCUAUUUUCCAUCUCCAGGGGAGCACCAUUUCAGUAUCACCAGGAAUCAUUUUCUUGAGAAUAGUGAAAAAUCAAGUGACUAAGGUAUCCAGGUGUGAUCUUGAGGAAAUGAUUGCCAUAAAAAAAUGAAAAUGAAUGUACAGCUCCAUUCAGAAGUUGGUUAUACACCAGUGGUGAAGGAUGCAUUGCCUGUUGCACCCUUCAUAGACAUCAGAUCAUUACACCAACCCUCUCACCAACACACCAAAUGGAACUAAUAAUGGAACAGUCUGAUUCCAAUGAAGACUCAAAAGGAUAUGAAUAUCUGCCAGUGUUAGUGCUGAUGGAUGAUGAAUAUCCUGCUUACAAGAAUAAAACAUUGGUAAUAGAAGUAUUUAUUUCAAUAUCAAAAUACAAUGGGGGGAAAUAGGCUUUGAAUAAAUACUUUACAAAAUAGUUGAACACUGUUUAUAAUUAUGAACAGUGUUCAACCAUUGUUAAAUUUAAUCAAAGCCUAUUUCCUCACUACAUAUUCUGAUAUUGAAAUAGGUACUCCUAUUACCAAUGUUUUAUUCUUGUAAGAAGGAUAUUACAUCAUCAUCCAACAGCACUAACGCUGGCUGACAUUCAUAUCCUUUUGAGGAGUCUGUGUUCAAAUCAGACUGAUCCGACGUCUAUGAAGUGGUGCAACAGGAAAUGCGUCCUUCACCUCAGGUGUAUAACCAACUAACUUCUGAAAGGAGCUGUACAACAUUACUGUAAUCUGCCCUAAAGGGCUUACAAAAGUAUAUGUAAAUUAUUUAUUGUACAUAUAAAUAAAGGUCACAAUAUAAA